GGCCUGCUUUCUGCAUCUGCGCUUUAGCAGGCAUUAUCAGGAAGAGUUUCAGCGAGUUAAACGAAAGUCUCUAAUUCAGUAAGCUGGACCGGUGCUUAAAGUUAUCUUAGUCGACAGCCUCUUUCGAUUGUAGCAUAUGGUCACGAUACUGCUUUCUCGAUAUUAUACUUGUUUUUACUAGUUGGACAGGUAAAAUGGGACAAGUCGUUAGCUAGUGAGGAUACUAGUCUGUUGACCCUAGCUAAUUAACGUUAGCUAUCGAUACCUAUCCUAGAUUAGCUGGAAUGUACAGGAUGUGAAGUGAUGUCCCAAGCCGGCAAAAUAACUCCAUGACUGGACGCUAUCAUGCCAGUCAAAAUCAUUAAAGACAUAACAAUGGCAAGGACCAUUGGGCGGGCGAAGGUGACCCAUGCAGUAAUCGUCAUAUUCCUGGAGUUUUUUGCCUGGGGGCUCUUGACGACACCCAUGCUGACGGUGCUCCAUGAGACCUUCCCUACACACACCUUUCUCAUGAACGGACUAAUACAGGGCGUCAAGGGCCUGCUGUCAUUCAUGAGCGCUCCUCUGAUUGGUGCGCUGUCAGACGUGUGGGGCAGGAAGUCCUUCCUCCUGCUGACGGUGUUCUUCACAUGUGCACCCAUCCCUCUGAUGCGCAUCAGCCCCAGGUGGUACUUUGCACUGAUCUCUCUAUCAGGACUGUUCUCGGUCACCUUCUCUGUGAUCUUUGCGUACGUGGCGGACAUCACCGAGGAGCACGAGAGGAGCACAGCAUACGGCCUGGUGUCUGCAACCUUUGCAGCAAGUCUGGUGACCAGCCCAGCGAUCGGGGCUUACCUGUCGGCCACGUAUGGCGACAGCGUGGUGGUUCUCGUGGCGACCAUCAUCGCGGUGCUGGACAUUGGCUUUGUGCUGCUGGUGGUCCCCGAGUCGCUGCCUGAGAAGAGGCGCAUCUCCUCCUUCGGCUCCCCCAUCUCCUGGGAGCAGGCCGACCCCUUUGCUUCCCUCCGGAAGGUGGGGAAGGACACCACUGUGUUGCUCAUCUGUGUGACGGUGUUCCUGUCCUACCUGCCCGAGGCUGGCCAGUACUCCAGCUUCUUCCUCUACCUGAGACAGGUCAUUGACUUUGACUCAGCCACCAUAGCUGGUUUCAUAGCCAUGGUGGGGAUCCUGUCCAUCAUAGCUCAGACUGUGUUCCUGAGUGUUCUGAUGCGGAACAUUGGGAACAAGAACACCGUGCUGUUAGGGCUCUGCUUCCAACUCUUCCAGCUGGCCUGGUACGGCUUCGGCUCAGACAAAUGGAUGAUGUGGGCAGCGGGCACAGUGGCUGCCAUGUCCAGCAUAUCCUUCCCAGCGGUCAGCGCCCUCGUCUCAAACUGCACAGACCCUGCUCAACAAGGUGCGGUGCAGGGCAUGGUCACAGGUAUCCGAGGGCUGUGCAAUGGCCUCGGCCCCGCUUUCUUUGGCUUAAUCUUCUUCCUGUUUAAUGUGGAGCUCAAUGAGAUCGACCCUACAGGCCAGAGCAGCGUACCCAAAGACCCCAGUGAGAGGCCCGUGAUCCCCGGGCCCCCGUUCCUGUUCGGCGCGUGCUCAGUGGUGCUGGCGCUCCUGGUGGCCGUGUUCAUCCCGCAGCAGCCCAGCGUGGUCGUGAAGACGUGCUCCACCUCCGCCUCCGCCUCCGCCACCAGCCUGCAGCUCCACGUCCCCUCCACCCCCAGCGACGACGACAUCGAGCCGCUGCUGCAGGACAGCAGCAUGUGAACGCUAGCGCCCCCCACUGGAAGAAAACCACACUCCGCUCCACUCCAGCAGCAACAGAGACCCAGGCUUCACGGGGGUUUGCGUCUCGUUGUUCUCUGAUUUAGAAUUUACUGUUUCAAACUCUGUUGUGAAGCGACUGUUUAGUAGUUACAUUUGAAUAUUAUAUUAUAUGGGAUUCAAGGGGGUGUUUUUAGAUGGAAACAGUUAGGGUGUGUGUGUGUGUGUGGCGGUGGGGGGGGGGGGGGGGGUUCGUUUAAAGCACCUUGUUGUGUGUGUGAAUGAGUGAUUAACAGCAGCGAGAUGAGUAGGUGAUGGUGUGUGUUCCCUUUCAUCAGAAUAUGUGCCUUUUUUAAUGAAAAAUUAAUUUUAUUUUAUUCAUUUAUUUAUGUCCCAAUGUGACAUUUAGUUAGUUUCCUCUUCCUGUACUGCACUACUUCUGCAAUCUGUGUCCAGUCAUGGAGAUGUUAAAGAUGGUUUCAGACACACACACAGCAUCCUGUACUGUGUCCAGUCAUGGAGAUGUUAAAGAUGGUUUCAGACACACAGCAUCCUCUAUUUUCUCACACGCAGCACGUAGGACGUAUGACUUUAGGUCAGUCAUGACCGUGUCACAGCGAUUUGACCAUCUGGUUUCUGGUGUGAGUGUAGUCAUUGAACACAGAGGCCUGUUUGAGUGCAGGAGCCAGUGUGGAGUGUAGAAAUAGAGCACACGCUACUGGUUCUGCUGUGGGUCACACCAGUCUCUCAGUACACACACACACACACACACACACACACACACACACACACUCCAGAGACACACCAGGCCUGCCCAUUGCUCAAUCUCUCAGCUCUGAACUGCAGCUUUAAAUUCACAGGACGUACAAUUUAGUGUUCUUUUGUUCGUAGCAAGACCAACACUGCAGUAACAGAAGUGAUGCACAAAAAUCUGUUUUGAAUUAUGAAAGUCUGGAUAGCGUGUCAUUAGAUCACUGCGUUCCACUGCAGUCUGGAUAGCGUGUCAUUGGAUCACUGCGUUCCACUGCAGUCUGGAUGAUAGCGUGUCAUUGGAUCACUGCGUUCCACUGCUUACUACCGCCACGUAGAGGACGUAUGUAAAGUGUAGGAGUUUCAGACCUAAAGAAACAAAUGCCAAUCCCAAUUCUCCCCGUCAGACCAUGUGCUAAUACAUCACGCUCAUAUUUGACAUGGGCAUUGAUGUACAUGCGCUGAAAACUGAGAUUAUUGUGACAUAGCCUAAGGCGAUAUCAGACAAUGGUUUAGGCUCAGAUCACUAACGAGGCGUUAGGACGUCCUUUUGAAGUUACUUGUGCCACCUUGGUUUUGCCUCCGUUUUACUUCAAGUUUUUUUUCUUUUUCUUUUCUAAGGGCAAAGGUCAAAUGAAUGUAAUGAGCCACAUGCAGUGUAGAUAUCACAAGACGACAUUUUGGUUAGUGGCGGUGAGGGCCCCCCCCCCCCCCCCCCCCCCCCCUUCACUCACUGCUGAGGAAAUGCCCAGUAAUGCCAGCAGCAUUCAGGCCUCUCGUGUAACCCCCUGCCCUGCCCUGCCUCGUAACAGCUACCUCAAGCCUCUUUUUUCUGUUUUAAUGCUUUGGCAUAAAGGGUCUUUAUGAGCGUGGAUAUUUUUUUUGCGAGUUCAGCGCUCAAGUUAAGGACCGUUUAGAGACAAUAAGCAGUGGUACGUCCACGCAUGGCACAACUGCAAGUCCUCACAACCCUGGAGUGACGCUUACGGACAUGACACACAGACACGGAUGUAGAAAUAAAACUCCAGCUGUGUUGGUCUUCAGCCUAGUGCUGGUAUGUAAAGGACUCUUAAAUGGUAGUUUUUAGUUGCAUCGGUUAACACAAACCGGCCAUAAUAAAAUGGUAGAUUCUGAAGUUUAUCUUUUGCUCAUCUGAGAUGAUCUACUUCUUUACGCUUUUAAUGAGGAUCCCUUGCCCUCCAUUAUGCAAUGCAUUAUGCAACAAGAAAACAAAAACAUAAACAUAAACAAACAACGGGGACAUCUUUAGUGGUGUUAAAUGUUCUAGUUCACUCUUAAGUUACAUUUUUGACUACAACGUUUAAUGAAUGCUUGAUAAGCGAUCCAUAAUGUAGUCAUUAGCGGUGAGGGAGCAGACGCCUUAGGUGUGAGCAUACAGGUAGUGUGGCACCCCUGUUAGCACAGACAGGGUGCCUUAGGUGUGAGCAUACAGGUAGUGUGGCGCCCCUGUUAGCUCAGACAGGGGUGUGCUUCUCCUGGCCAAUACAUUAGGGUCAAUCCAUAGGCAUCCACCACAUCAUCUCAGAACUGGCUGAUAAUCUUUUGAAGAAUACACUCUGACAUGACCCAUCCUAAACGUUUGAGCUUCCUACUCCCAGAACCUUUCUGUGUAGAAUUUCUUGAGCACUCAUUGAAACUACCUUUUAAAGUGAGCAUUUGUUUUCCCAGACACGGACAUUUUUUUUUUUUUGUAACUUGGGCCACAAAUACCACCAGAGAUCUGAAAUUUGGAAAGCUGAUGACAAACUUGAUGUCUGAACCGUAUUUAAAGGUGUAAAAAGUCAGGAAAAUACAAGUGUAUAGAAUACUACAAGUGUAUAGAAUACUACAGCUAAUGCAGAGAUAGUGUGGUGGAAAGAUUUGGUUUAAAUGACAUGGAAUGACCCAUUAAAUAUCCCACUGAUUGACAUAGUCCAUUUCAGUGUGAUAGUACUGCUUAUGAACGCUUUAGAUGAAAUUGAUUAAGACUUUUUAACAUCAAACUUCCAUAUCCCCGGGGUCGUUUCCAUGGAGACCUUCAUGGUACAUUGCUUCAGUUCUAUUGUGACUCGCCCCUCGGAGAUGAAUUAUGAGUCACGGGUUCGUCAGGAGCAAUAUGUCUGUUAUGUGUCUGAGCCCUCGGACCACGAAUGCCAUUGAGCUGGCAGUGGCUGAGGGGCCAGCGUUCUUCACUCAAUCCACCGUUGGGUAUAUCUUUGCCAAAGUCUGGCACGUGUAGCAGGGUUUCCAGGUGGAAACGAGAAGACGUUACGUUAUCAGUCCUUUGUUAUUACGAUAAUAAAUUGUUUCUCAGUCUCAGCGGUAGCAGAUAAAGUACUACGGUAUUUAUCACAGGUCAGAACCAUACAUGUCAAAUAGUCACAUUCCUUUUACAUUAGCUUUCCACUGUAUGUAAGUCUACAUUCAAAUACAGAUUCAAACAAAGCAUAUCAUAUAUUUACUCUUUAAAUAAAAUGAUUUUAGAUAUUGCAAUAUUGUAAAAUGUCACUGCACACAGUCCCUACUGGACCCUUCAGAAAUCAUGAUCGUUUCUAAAUAAUUGCAAGUCUCUGGAACUUUUCAUCGUUCCUCAAAGUGUUUAAAGGUGUAUAUUAAAAAAAAACAGGAUGUCAAACUGGAUACAGCUAACUUGAGGUAGCCUGUCAUAGCUACCUGUUACUUUUAACCUGUAUUUAUAUAAUGGAAUGUCUUAAUAGUCUGCAAUGCAGUAUUCUAUUGUAUUGUGUGUAACUCCUGUAAAGGCAUUGGCACACCAUUGAUGACAGAUGUGAAAUGGAACACAUGUUUUCAAAAUGUAGCCAAACAAUCUAGAACCUGAUUUUUGUUAUUUGCAAUGUUCUGUAAAAUAAGCAGCACUUUGUAUAUUAGGAUAUUAUUGCCACUAUGUCUUUAUAUUUGCUGUGCAACAAUCUUUUCUGUAUUAAGUCAAUGGUUACUAAUUUUAGACCCCUCCUCGGUUCACGAGUGGUCCUUUGCAGUGUACAUGACUCUCAUUUCUUUAACACAAAAUCUAAGCAUUUUACAAAAUGUGCCUGAUAUAUAAACGACGCAAAAUAUGUUAAUAAAAAAUACCAAUAUA